AUGCCCAGUUCGUACAGCCACCCGCGGCGAGAGAAACCCCCAUCAACUUCGAGUAUCAGCAUCAUUGCUCACGACCGCGAGGUCCAGCACAGUAUGGACGCGAAACGUAUCUCAUGGGGCGUCCAGUAUGAACUCGCGCGAGGAGUCUCCGGCGGUCGAUGGCAGUGGAGCGACGUGACGGAGGAGAGGCUAAACCGCCUGAAAGGACCGGAAAGCGAGGCGGCGCAUCUCGUCGAGCAAGUCAUGCAUGACGCCAACGUGUCCAGGAGUGUGCGUGCGGCCAGUAUACCACUCUGGGCGGAAUUGGAACGCGAGCAGGCGGCGAUCGAAGAGGGCGCGGGACGAGGACUCGGCUUACGUGGCGAGUGGAAGGGCGACCCUAACUGGUACGGAGGCAAGAUACGACAGAUCGCUAGUGUCGUGGAGGCCGGCGACGGGUUCGCCCUUCGCCUCAAACCGAUGAUGAAGCGCAAGUCGAACCGUUUCGCGCGUUACCUCGGCUCGCGCCGAAUGCUGCAAGUGAAGCUUCCGGACGACAAGCUCAUCCGCAAGAGGGGCGACGAUGUCAAACGAUUCAUGCAGAGUAGGUUCGUUCUGUGCGGGCGGGUCUUCGUAGCGUUCGCCGCGAAGGACGGCAAAGUCUUUCUGAUGGAGACAAACGAGGACUACGAGCGCGUCGCCGACGGAGCGGAUCGCACGAGGAUGACGUUGGAAGACCUCGUUCAAUGGCACAACCCGAUGGAUCUGAACAGCAAACAGCCCGUUACGAAGUGGGUCACCCGCUUUGACCUCGGGUUAUCCGAUACAGUUCCAGCACUCGCAUUCGAGGGCGAGGGAAUCGACAUUUUCUAUAUCGAUGACAAGACUGCUCCCCACGUCGGCGAAAAAGUACCCGCAGAGAAGAUCCUGACGGAUGGCUGUGGUUUCAUGAACUGGGCAGCUCUUGCUGCUAUUGCUCGAGCGUUCAGGUACACACGGUUUCCGACUGCUGUCCAAGGACGCUUCGCCGGCACGAAAGGUGUCUGGACUCUUCAUCCCGAGGAUCGAUCACCAGACGUUCCGCCCAAAAUAUGGAUCAGACCGUCACAGCGAAAAAUCCAGCAUGGACGGCUCGAGCCGUCUCACCGCAUCUUCGAGUUAGUCGCACCUCCCCGUGUUUCUAUCCCGUCGCGUCUGUCGCGACACACGGUCAUGGUCUUGUCGCACAACGGCGUUCCCGACAACAUCCUCAUCAAUUUGAUGGCUGCGGGAAUAGAGAGCGAAGUACAAGCCCUGAGCUCAUUCGAUGAUCUGCACCUCCUUCGCGCGACGGUAGCUGAGGUUGGUCGCAUCUUUCCUGCCCGGCUGCAGCGCCUUGCGUCGGGGUCGGCGCGUCUUUUCGGGCUUGGGCGUGAGUGGGGCCAGGAAGCGGACGAAGACGAUGAUGUCGACGAUUUGGAACAAAUCGGGUCGGUUAGUCUAGUAGACCGCAACGAAUACAGCGGCGACCCGAUUAAGGUUCAUGAACGGGCUUGUGAGAUGAUCGCAGCGGGCUUCCGGCCGCAGGAGAACCCGAUUUUGUUCAAGUGUCUGCGAGACAUUGUCUCUUACAGGAUCGCUGAACUCAUCAAAGAAUACCAUAUCACUGUACCAAAAUCCGCAGAUGCAUUCAUUAUUCCAGAUCCUUAUGGUGUCCUUGAACCUGGGCAAAUUCAUUUCAAGUCUUCAGAAAACCUCAAAGAUCCCCUUGAUGGUUCUGGAGCAAACAUGAUCACAGGCAAUGUUUUGAUAUAUCGCAAUCCAGCUCGACUCCCAGCUGAUAUCCAGAAGGUCUCUGCAGUGAUCCAUCCACAGCUCAGUGACUACACAGAUGUCAUCAUAUUCCCUACCAAGGGACCCAGAUCUAUGGCCAGUCUCCUGGCUGGAGGAGAUUAUGAUGGAGACACAUGUGUCUGCAUCUUUGAUGAGCUUUUAGUACAGUCUUUUGGGGGCUCUCCUAUUACAGAUGCCCCAACUGACUUCCUGAAGAACAAUUUUGAGUCACAAGACAACAUCUUGCAGAUAGCUGAUGUUCUCUCAGAGAUGAGAAUAGGGUCUAUCAGCACAAGAGUGUCUCCUUUACAGGAGGCACUCUUGGUUGGUAUGAUCAGUCCCAAUGUGGGACAAUAUUCCAUCUUCCAUGAGAAUACAGGAUACCUGUAUGGUCUUGCAGACAAGAGAAGUCUGCACAAUGCAUGGAUGUUCAAUACUGUACUUGACUCGAAGAAAACAGGCCUGACAGUCAAACGAAGUGUCCUUGCUAGGGACACGAAGGACUAUGGUCAUGCACAGCCACAUUGCAUGACACCUGCAGUGAGUGAGGAUGUGGUUGAGUCGGGUAGCUUUGGGCAUGGCCGGCCUUGCCCCAAACGUGACCCAACUCUUCCGACAUUCAUACUGGAUGAAAUUUUGAGUGCAGGGAAGACCCUCGAGAUUCGCUACCUCAAGGAAUUCGAAGCAUCGCAGCACCAAAACCAGCAUUGCGAUCACGAUCUUCUCAAACCCUGGGAGGAUCAAUUGGCAUGGGCCACGAGGUUGCGCGAGGAGAAAGGGUACACCGACCCCGAACAUGAGCUACAGCGGAUCCCCACCCACGUCAGCGAACACCGUCGAAACUGGCUGAGCGCCGUCCGCGCCGGCGAUAAAUCGAGGACCACGCUGGCGCCAGACGGAUCGAAGGGAUCAUUGCCAGCCGUGAAGCCAUCCGAACGGUUCAGAGAGGUGGCAAAGUCAUUCGCCGACGGACCCGCCGACAUCGUCUUUCACGACGCCAGGACAAUGUCGACACUCAAGGCAUCAUAUGCCUAUACCAUGCACCCGAAGUUCGCAUUCUCUGUCGCAUUCUACGACCUCUGCAGGAUCAAGGCGGAAUCGCUCGGCAUUGCGCCGCAGACGCGAGAGUUCGCGGACAUGAUGACGGUGCCCUCAUCGGCGAGGCGGAUACUCUUGCAGAAGGCAUCGGGUCUGUAA